GCAUGUUAUGUCAGUGGCCAAAGGGACUUUUUCGUUGAUUUAAACGAUUUCACUCGGGUCCGAAAUCACUGAGGGGUUUACCACCCAAAAAAAUACAAAAAUAAAACGUGUUGCUCAGUGAAGGAAGAGGGUUAUUUGCCAAGUGAAAAGUCGACUGUGAAAGUGAAAGAAGCUCCGUCCACGGGCUGGGCUGAAUAAGGGGGUGAUGUUAAGUGGUAGAGGUUAAAUCUAACCAGUGCACUAACUGAAGAGAAGCAGCCCGCAGUGAACACUCAUGGAUUAUUAACACGCGCAAACUAUUCUGCUGGAGUAAUAAAUUGGUUUCGGUCUCACUCCAUGACAUACUUCAAGGACUUUUACAUAACGAGAACAUGUGAACUACGAUCUCUCCCCGAUUACUGUAAUGUCCCUCUUCCUCGCUCUGAUCGCAGGAUUUUGGAAUAAAUCACCAAAACUGAAAGCGAUGAGAACUGGAAAAUGUGGUUGUAACCAUGGGUGCUUUGAGAAUCACUUGGAAUGUCCUUUGAACACAGAGGUUUGGAAUUCUUUCUUAAUUCUGAGCUGUCUGAGUGCUCUGUUGCCGAUGGCUGACAGUCAUGCAAUGCAGACUCUGCUAGAGCUCCAGAGUGCACUAAAUCAAACAGAACAUUUAUUCAGAAGGUCUGAUGCCCGAAUGUACACACCAAAUAUUGACAAUAUGACUGGAUGCACUAAUAAGUUUAUUGACUGUUAUCUGUUGGAGAUGGAUGUUCUCCUGCAUGAAGAAAACGUUAACGAUCAAUACAAGAUAGGACUUUAUUUAACCAAAUAUUCCGAAUAUAAAUGCUUUGAACAAUAUCCAUGUGAAUUACAAGAACUCACCAGUUCCACAGUGUUCUUUCAAAGGAUGCGGGCAUUUCUCGAAAAACUGACUGCAGAAUGUGUAAUAAAAUCUUAUGUACCUACAUGUGAUUAGAACAAGACAGCAUGUAAAAUAAGCUCAUUUGUAUCUACUAUCAUGUUAAAUUGUGCCAGUGUCUUUUUAUUUUAUUUUUUUAUCAAUAUUUAUAUGUAGCACUAUCCAAAUAUAUCUCAGGCUGUUUUCGAAUGAUUGCCUUGCUGUGAAUGUCUUCUAAAUGUACAUAAUUUUAAGAAAAUAUAUAAAUAGGUUAUGCAAAUAAAUUGUUAUAUAAAUAUUGUUUAAUGUUUUGAUGCAAGGAUAGGUUUAGAUGGUGCUGAAAUAUGGUUUUAUAUCUAUAUAUUCUGCUGUUUUAUAUUCAAUAUCUUGUUACAUUAAAGCACUUUUCAUUAACAGAAUGGAUGGGAUCAUUUAUUCAAAAGUUGAAGUGUUCAAAUGGAUCAUUUCAUAUGUAUGCUCUCCAUUAGUGGUGGAUGAUAUGACUAAAUCUUAUAUAAUGGUAUUAUAAAUUUAUAUCACAUUGUCUUUUUAAUUUUUUGAGGAAUAAUUAUGCAUGUCAUUGAAAUGUUCUCUUUUCCAAUGCUUCUUACCUGUUGAGGUGGUUGGUGCUGCAGGCUGCCUAAUCCAUAGUCUUGUUUAGCCAAUGUUUUGAAUAUUGACAUAAAGUCUGGUCCAGUUUGCAGUUUUGGCCGAGAACCCGCCAACUUGGAUAGAAAGAGCAACCAGUCACGGCUUAUUCAUUUAGUUUGCUCUAAAAAUAAUCUAUGGUAUCUGCUUCUGUUGAAGCUAUCAGUCCGCGUUAUUUAAAUUUCAUUUAAAAAAAGAGACCCGAGCAUGAGUGCUGUUUGCUGUUUUUUGAUUUGCAACUAGUAGCACCUAAUAAACAUGUCCACAUCUGUGGUCAGAGGGACUAAAUUGUGAAAUUGUCAAUAAUACCAAGCUAUAGAAAGUCAUUUUAUUUUUAUUUUUUUUAUCAAAUUGUUUAUUAUGUUUCCAGGAGUGUUGGUUAUUCAUGUUUUUGAGAUGUUACAGACAUUACAAUCAUAAAUUAGCAUAAUUAAUUCUGAUUCAAAGUAAUGUCCAAACAUGUUGAGUGAUCCAAACAUCAUCUGCAGCCUGAAACUGAACUUUUGAUGAGAAGUUUGGAGUGGAUGCACUUAGCUGCGUAGAGAGAUAUAGGAUGCUCCCUUGCUCCCUAUUUAGUGAAUGGCUUAACCUCCAGUGUGCUGUCUGUCUGCACUGGUCUCAGAACAGUUCGAAAUGCACCUUAUUUUCUUCCUAACUCCAUAUAACGUCUCUGAAAGCAACAUGUUUCAGCUUUUUUUGGGGGGGCAGCUGUGGCUCAGGUGGUAGAGCAGGUUGGCCACUAAUCACAGUGUUGGCGGUUCAAUUCCCAGCCCACAUGCCAAAGUGUCCUUGGGCAAGACACUGAACCCCAAGUUGCUCCCAAUGGCAGGCUAGUGCCUUGCAUGGCAGCUCUGCUGUCAUUGGUGUGGGUGAAUGAGUCACAGUGUAAAAUGCUGUGGAACUGUUAAGGUUAAAAAAAAAAAAGCGUUAUAUAAGUGCAGACCAUUUACCAUUUUGGAUGAACCCAUUGAUUCUCAAUGUGAUAAUACACAGUGAAUAAAAUAAUGCAUUUACUAAUUGUAAUGAAUAGAACGGUUUUGUACAGUUAUAACAAAAUAAAAUAGAACAAAAUGUAUGUUAAAAUGAAGAGAAAUGAUCCACAGAUGUGUUUAUGUUGAAAGUUCUUCAAAAUAACCAACAUGUCCCAAAAUCCACUUAUGUGGACAUAAUGUUUAUCAGCGCGGCGACGCACAAAAACAUCCAAACAGGUUUCAAGGAAAAAACUUAAGAGGUUUCUUACCAGAGGCACUUUUGUUGGCUUUGCAUCCAUAGAAGCACUUCACGAAAAUCAACGUCAUGUUGUUGUUUCAAGUGACUUGGUGAGUCAGAAAUCAAACCCUUAAAUGACAGUCUAGAGUCUUGUGAAUUGUAUUCAGUCAGUUUAAAUUCAUUUAAAUUGUGCAUUGCGUAUACCAAAGCCAAAAUACAACCACGCAUGUGGACAUGAGGUCACACGUUGUUAAUAGCAAAAUAUGUGCUGAAAACCUAAACUACCCAUGACCCUAAAGGGAAAUUAUCCACCAAUCAGAGAAUUGCGGUACACAAUGUGCACCAAAAGAGCUCUGCAGUGACUGCCCACUCCCAAUCGUGUCUUACUACACCCUCAAACUACUUAUAUAUUUGUAUAUAUCUGAACAUUUAGCAAAAAAAACAUAAAUAACAUAUAGUUUCUAUACUUAUAAUCAACAACUUAAAAUCUACAUUUUUACAUAUUUCCAUUGUUUUUAAUUCGAUAACAUCAUUCGCAAUGCUUCAUGGGAUUGUAGUUCAUUUACAGUAAGUACCCAGUUUUGUACCUUUGUCUUUUUUUCUGAUUUAUAAAUACUUUUCUGUGUCAAAUCAAAGUUUGUAAUGUUGCGAUUCACCUCACAGCUGGUUGGUUUAGUUCAUGGCUUACAGCUCUUUUAUGGUGGAUUUUAAUGAAAUCCCAAUGGAAAAAUUACUUCCGGAAUUAAGACGGCUGAAAAAGUGGCGUACAGUGUUGCAAUCUACAGCAAUAUAAAUACUCCACCCCA